AUGGAUACCUGGAAAGUAGAAUUACAAGCUUUUGCUGUGGAUUUUAUAAAUUGGACCAUAGUACUCACAUGUUUAUUUUUAAAAGUGCCUCAAAUCUUUCAAUUAAAGAACAAGCGGCCAAGUGAAAUUAAAGGCAUAAGUCUUCAAGCGAUUACAAUGGAAAUUGUUGGAUACUCUAUAAUGGCAUUGUAUAAUUUUAAAAAUAAGUACACAUUAAAUACUUAUCUGGAAUACUUAGCUCUACUGAUUCAGGAGUAUAUAAUGUUGUUUUAUGUACUAAGAGCUAAAGGACAUCUGGCUAACAAGUACACGUCAAUAACUUCUGUCAUAUAUAUUGUAUCCAUGUCUGCAUUCUUGAUUGAAAUAAUACCUAUGGAGACCCUUAAUUAUCUUGUUCCAAUAUGUUUGCCUUUGAGUGGUGUUGCUAAGGCAACUUACAUUAUCGGAAUGAUCAAGGCAUCAAAUUCAGAUGCUAUAUCAAUGGAAACCUGGGGUAUGUCAGCUUUAACUAAUGCUGGUCGCUUUUUCACUGUUUUCAUGGAUUCCGCGGACAAGCACCUGUUACUUAAUUAUUCAGUGUCGGUGAUAUUGAGUAGUGCCGUAUUGGGAACAGCGGUAUAUUAUCAACUGCAGGCGCAAACACCUAUGAUUUCAACACGCCGUCGUGAGCCAUCUGUACGUCGUCACUACCACGUCGAUUAA